AUGGCUCCGUCGAGUUCUCCGUUCUCUGCGUCACAGAACAAGAAGCAAGCCACAAUUUCGAGCUUCUUCUCCAAAAAACCUUCGUCGACCCCGAAGCCGCCCGCAGAGCCAAAAUCGUCACCAUCACCGGCCAUUCAGCGUGAGGCAGCUCGCCAAAGGUCCGACGAUGGAGAUGACGACGCCGCAGCGCCUCGACGCAGCUUCUCCAACGCCUUGAAGCGUGCACAAGCCAGCGAUGGAGAUGGCGUUGUAACUCGCCCGGCGGCAAAGAGAGCCCGCAGAACCGUCCACGACGAAGACGACGACGACUACGCGCCUGACCAUGAUGCGCGCGAACCUUCACCGGAAGAGCGCCAAUCGCUGGGUAGCGUGAGCGAGGCCGGCCUCAAUGGCUCACGCAGUUUCAAGGGGGCCGACAGGACGUCCAGAUUCAUCUUCUCGAGCUCACCCGUCCAGACGGAGAACCAGGAGCCGGACACGGAAGAGACAAGGAGGAUGAAGGAGAAGCUGCACCAAAGGUUUGUCAAGAAGCUCGGCAGGCCCGACAGCAUUGCGGAGAUUAAGAGGCGACACGGUGCCGUCACCGAGGACGCCGGUGAAGGUGAGGACGGCGAGGAUGAGGAUCUCGAGGACGAGGAGCCGCAGGCAAAGUCGAAAGCCAAAGGCAAGGGGGUGGUGAAGAAGGGAGGGGCCAAGUUGACGCCUAUGGAGAAGCAGAUCAUCAGCCUGAAACAAAAGCAUCCGGACACCAUCCUCGUAGUUGAAGUGGGCUACAAAUUCCGCUUCUUUGGAGAGGAUGCAAGGGUAGCUGCCAAGGAACUAGGCAUUCUCUGUGUCCCGGGCAAACUGAGGUUCGAUGAGCACCCUUCGGAAGCCCAUCUGAAUCGGUUUGCUGGUGCAAGCUUUCCGACGCACAGGCUACAUGUGCAUGUCAAGCGCCUAGUCGCAGCAGGCCACAAGGUCGGUGUGGUCCGACAGCUCGAAACGGCCGCGCUCAAGAAAGCCGGCGAUAAUCGAAAUGCUCCUUUCGUCCGCAAGCUCACUAACCUGUACACGAAAGCCACCUACAUCGAUGACGUCGAGGGCCUUCAGGGGACCGGUGCGAACGCCAACCCAAACUCUCCGGCAACUGGGUAUAUUCUCUGCUUGACCGAGACCAACGCAAAGGGCUGGAGCACCGAUGAAAAGGUCCAUGUGGGCAUCGUUGCCGUCCAGCCUGCGACAGGUGAUGUUAUCUAUGACGACUUCGAAGAUGGAUUCAUGAGAAGCGAGAUCGAGACUCGGCUCUUGCACAUUGCACCCUGCGAGUUCCUCAUUGUCGGCAACGUCUCCAACGCAACGGAGAAGAUCGUCCAGCAUUUGUCCGGCUCGAAGAGAAACGUGUUUGGUGACCAAGCACGAGUAGAAUGGGUGGAGAAGCCGAAGACGAUGGCUGCCCAGGCGUACAGCCAUAUCUCGAGCUUUUAUGCCGACAAGAUGAAGAGCGGAGAGGGUGAUACCGAUUCCGCGGCGGCUGUUUUGGACAAAGUUCAUCAGCUUUCGGAGCAUGUCACUAUUUGUCUGUCAGCACUCAUCACCCACAUGACGGAGUACGGUCUGGAACACGUCUUCGACUUGACGAAGAACUUCCAAGCAUUCAGCGCCCGGUCUCACAUGCUUCUCAACGGUAAUACGUUGGGCAGUCUGGAAAUAUACCAGAAUCAGACUAAUCGAGCUGUGAAAGGAAGUCUGUUCUGGACUAUGGACAGAACAAGGACCCGUUUUGGCCAGCGACUGUUACGCAAGUGGGUUGGAAGGCCUUUGCUUAACAAGGCCAAACUCGAAGAACGUAUCGACGCUGUCGAGGAGCUCCGCAGUGGCGAAAAUGUCGUUGCUAUGGAGAAGCUGAAGCACUUGCUUUCCCAGGUGAAGACGGACCUGGAGAAGUCUCUGAUUCGAAUCUACUAUCAGAAGUGUACACGGCCAGAGCUGCUGGCUGUGCUGCAAGCCCUGCAACGUAUUGCUGGCGAGUAUGCACACGUCCAAUCCCCAGAGAAAUCUGGGUUCUCAUCGCCGAUCCUCCAAGAAGCAAUCGUGAGCCUGCCCACGAUCGGUCAGGACGUCGUCAGUUACCUGGACAGACUCAACCUCCAGGCAGCUAGGGACGAUGACAAAUACGGCUUCUUCAGAGAAGAGCACGAAACGGAAGAAAUCACGGAUCACAAAGUUGGCAUUGUCAGCGUCGAACAUGAUCUCCAAGGGCACAAGAAAGAGAUUGCUGGGGCGCUGAAGAAGUCCAAGGUUGAGUAUGUGACAAAGGCGGGCAUCGAGUUUUUGAUCGAGGUAAGCAACAGCGAGGUCAAGAAAGUGCCCGCUUCUUGGGCCAAGAUCAGCGGCACGAAACAGCUCUCCCGUUUCCAUACACCAGAGGUGAUGCGACUCCUCAGGGAGCGGGACCAACACAAAGAAGCUUUGGCGGCUGCCUGCGAUGUGGCAUUCCAGAACCUACUCUCUGAGAUAGGUACCAAGUAUCAGUCCUUCCGAGACUGCGUACAGUCCCUGGCGACGCUGGACUGCUUGCUAUCGCUUGCCGAGAUCAGCAAUCAGCCGGGAUACGUCAAGCCUGAGUAUUCCGAAGACGCCUGCGUUGAAGUCUCCGAAGGUCGGCACCCUAUGGUGGAGCAGCUCCUCUUGGACUCGUACGUCCCGAACAACGUUUCCCUCUCUACCGACGGCACCCGCGCUCUGCUCGUCACCGGGCCGAACAUGGGUGGCAAAUCCUCCUACGUGCGCCAGGUCGCUCUUAUUUGCAUCAUGGCUCAGAUCGGUUCGUACGUGCCCGCUGCCUCGGCCAAACUCGGCAUGCUCGAUGCCGUGUUCACGCGGAUGGGUGCUUUCGACAACAUGAUGGCAGGCGAGUCGACCUUCAUGGUCGAGCUGUCCGAAACGGCAGACAUCCUCAAGCAGGCAUCGCCGCGCUCUCUCGUCAUCCUCGAUGAGCUCGGCCGCGGCACCAGCACCCACGACGGCGUCGCCAUCGCGCAGGGCGUGUUGGACUACAUGGUACGCGACGUCAAGGCGCUCACGCUGUUCAUCACGCACUAUCAGAACCUGGCUAAGCUGGCGGACGGUUUCGACCGAGGCGAGCUGAAGAACGUCCACAUGCGUUUCGAGGAGAGCAAAGAGGCGGACGGCAAGUGGGAGGAAAUCACCUUCUUGUACGAGGUCGGCGAGGGCGUCGCGCACCGCAGCUACGGUCUCAAUGUGGCACGGCUGGCGAAUGUGCCGGGUUCUGUGUUGGAGUUAGCGGCCGUCAAGAGUAGAGAGCUGGAGGAGGCGAUGAUGAGGAGGAAGGUGGUUGGUCUAUCAGGCGCCGUGACGAAGUUGCUGGAAGGAGCGAGUGACGUGGAACUCGAUGCUAUCGUGAACGGUAUUGAGCAGUUGUAA